AUGUCUAUUAUUCACCCUGUAUUGUUGGAUGAGCGGCGUGAAGCGUAUGCAGGCUCCUCCGUCUGCUUUGCACCCAGGUGCGCUCCUCUCCGGCGCACAUUCUUCGGGGUCCUGGCUGCCCCUGCCUUCGUCCGAGUGGUGGCCUGGCUACUCCUCUGGGAGUCGGCUGGGCUCACCGGCACAGCAGCUACCGCCCUCAAAGCCGCACCUACCGACGCCGGCAUAAGGCCCACUUGCUCUGAAAUUAUUUUGCGACAAGAAGUUCUGAAAGAUGGUUUCCACAGGGACCUUUUAAUAAAAGUGAAAUUUGGAGAAAGCAUUGAGGACUUACAGACCUGCCGACUCUUAAUUAAACAGUACAUCCCAACAGGACUUUUUGUGGAUCCAUAUGAGUUGGCUUCAUUACGAGAGAGAAACAUAACAGAGGCAGUGAUGGUUUCAGAAGAUUUUAAUAUAGAAGCUCCCAACUAUUUGUCUGAGGAAUCCGAAGUUCUCAUUUAUGCCAGACAGGAUUCACAGUGCAUUGAUUGUUUCCAGGCUCUUUUGCCUGUGCACUACCGCUAUCAUCGGCCACAUAGUAAAGAUGGAGAAACCUUUAUUGUAAUCAAUAACCCUGAUUUACUCAUGUAUUGUGACCAAGAGUUUCCCAUUUUGAAAUGCUGGUCUCAGUCAAAAGUGGCAGCUCCUUGUGCUUUGAAGAGUAAGGAUAUUUGCCAGUGGGACAAUAUGAAAUAUAGAUCAGUAUAUGAAAAUGUGACUUUACAGGUCCCAGUGGGACUGACUACACAUACCUCUUUAGUAUGUUCUGCGACUCUACUUGUUACCAUCCUUUGUUCUACUUUGAUCCUUGUGGCUGUCUUCAAAUAUGGCCAUUUUCCCCUAUAAGUUUUAUGCAAUUAAACGCUUUCCAUAAACUUAAGUAAGACCUAAUUAUUUGUGACUAGAAGUGUUCUUCUAGAAUUGUCAUUACUUCUGUCUUUUGUCUUCAUUUUUGGAUAAAAUUAUAUUUACUAGUAGAAAUUUUGUAGUAUUCUCAACUAAUUCCAACAUCUAUUGUGCUCUGUGUUGAUCUUUGAUAAUCUUCAAGCAUC